AGUUUGGUUAUUCAUUUUAUAAAAUUGAUACCUACAAGUAGCUCUGCUGUAUCACCAAAAAAAAUUCACCAUGGAUAUUGUUAUACACCAGGAUGAGAUUUCUGUGGCCCAGAUUAUAAUUUAUGCUUCGGCAUCUUUUUUAACGGUCUCUAUGAUAGGCUUGGCAUUGUAUACCACAUGUUCUAAGAAAUACCGCUUAAAUUGGUUUGAGAAAAAUCUAUUGGAAUCCGCUAACGUUAAAGAGGAAGAUGAACAGUGCCGCCAUAUGCUGAUAGCUACAGCUUCUGGUUGCAAUGUGGACAAUGUUAGUGAGUGUUCGCGUAAGGGCAAUCAAAGUCCAACUUCAAUUAAUACCGAAGAUACUACCACUACAUUUUGGGUACCAUCAGCGGCUAAGACAGUGCAACAACAGGUUUCAUCAUCAGGCGAAGAGUCACCACCGCCCGACACACCCACGUCACCUACUGGUAGUCUUAAAUCAAACUCGUUAUCAAUGUCUUCGGCCAGCUCUCUGCCUGUAGGAUGUUCUGAUAAAUGUAUAGGCUUGGCUACUACACGACCUAAGGUAUCGUCAAUGCAUGCUAAAUUGGACUAUACGAAAAUUGAUAUGAAUUUAUAUCGUACGAAUUCCUUGCAAAAAAGUGACACGGGCCAACUUGAUAAUAGCAAGGGCAGUCUCCACAUGAGUAUAACAUAUGAUCCAAACGCUGGCAUGCUAACUAUAAGAUUGAUAGAGGCUCAAAAUUUACAACCGCGCGAUUUUAGUGGCACUGCAGAUCCUUACGCUAAGAUACGUUUAUUACCGGAAAAGAAAAAUUUCUGGCAAACUCGUAUACACAAAAAAACUUUAAAUCCUGUUUUCGAUGAGGAUUUUGUUUUUGAAGAGAGUCCUAAAACUAUCAGCAGACGUACAAUUGAAGUACUUCUAUACGAUUUUGACGCUUAUUCACGGCAUGUUUGCAUUGGCGGCAUCCAAAUACCUUUGGCUAGCAUCGAUCUAACCGGGAAGACAAAAAUUUGGACACCUUUAGGCUCUUGCUCGGAACAAGAUUUCAAAGUAGACCUGGGCGAUGUUAUGAUUACCUUGGCUUACUUACCAUCAGCUGAACGUUUAACCGUAGUUAUCAUUAAAGCUCGUAAUUUGCGCAUAGUUGAUGACUCUCGUAACUCCUCAGAUCCUUAUGUAAAAGUCACUUUACUGGCUGGCGGCAAGAAGAUUAAAAAACGCAAGACCGGUGUUAUACGUAAUAACGUUAAUCCAGUUUAUAAUGAAGCUUUAACUUUCGAUAUCGGCAAAGAACUGCUAAAAGCUGCUAACAUUGAAUUGACUGUAGUCCAUGAUAGUUUGUUAGGUUCCAAUGAAAUAUUGGGCCGGGCUGUUAUAGGCGGUGACCCAGAUAUACGUUACGAGGAAAGAAUUUUUUUUGAAGAAAUGUUUCGUUCAAAAAGUGCUACAGCUCAGUGGAUACCGUUGCAGGAUGUAAUCUUACAUAACAGCAAAGCCAUUAACGCAAACUAAACUUUUUAAAGCUUAAAAAGGCUUCGACAGAAAGUUUUCUAUGUUCUUGAUAUGGAUAACAUGUAAAGUUUCUACGAUAGUGAAGAAAUUUCCCAAAGAAUCAGUUUGAUAGCUACUGCUUUCUUAAAAGUCGCAUUAAGAUGUUAGCGAUAUUAGCAUUCUGCAAUGCGAACAGCAAUUCUAUUGGGGCGAUGUUUUCUUUUAUAAUUUGAAACUAAUUCUUUUGAAACCUUGUUAGCGUGCCGUGAUU